GGUGUGUACUGUCAAUUCUGUCACGUCAAAAGGAUGCAGGGAUUUUAUGUUGAGACAAUUUUAACAUCUUGCUGCUCUUAUUUCUAAGAAAAAAACAAGAAAUAAGUUUAAAAGAUUAUCAAGUUAUCACUGAUUUAAGUGAUAUAAUAUAAACACAGAUUCUAUAAAGCAACAUCUGCAUACGAGCAUUGGUUCUGAGUAUCGAUCGUAUCAGGACACAGUCUUAUAUGAUGACAAUAUUUCCAAACUAACAACUUCACAAAGAAGAAGACUCAGAAGAAAAACGCUUAGAAAUUUAAAAACUAUCAAUAAUAUAUUACCACAAGUGAAUGGAGACUACAACAACACAAAUGACAAAAUAACUUCACCGUUUAAGUCGUAUGAAGAAAAUUUACAAUCCACAAAUUUGAAUCAUCCCAUGAUUGAUGAGUUAGAGAAAUAUUACAAGACCUGUGCAAGUGUUAAUAAAGCAACGAUAAUGUCUGCAGAAGCUCCAAAAUCCCGUGAUGAUGUAAAAGCAGCUAGGGAGGCGAAAAAGUUAGCAAAACAAAAUGCAAAAAAGAAAGGACCUGCUAAUAUUAAAAAAGAUGUUCCUGAAGCUGUUGCAUCUCCAAAAGAUCUAAAACCGAAAGCAAAUAAUGAAAAAGUAGUACAAGAAAAUAAAGAGGAAAUCCCACUUCAAGGGGACUAUUACACAAGUCCACACACAAAUUUAACUUAUCGCGUAAAGGAUAUGGAUGAAGUGGACAAAGCAGAAAUGCGAAUAAUAGAAGAAAAAAUCAAAGCAAUCAAUGAGAAAGCCGAAGGGACUAUCGAAAAUGAUAAUGGUGAGAAAGUUACUGUUGGCUUGACUGUUGAUGAUGUUGUUAACACUUUGAAGGAGAUUGUUAAUGUUGCAAAGGAAGUGGAGACAGUUACUGCAAUGGUACAUGCUAUGGAUGUGAAAAAGUCAGGCGAGGCUGAAAAGAGUAAGGCUGAACUAAGAAAAGAGAGACGUAUUAAACAAGAAGCGCAGCGAGCUGCAAAGCAGGCAAUACAUAAAGAGACAGUGAAGGCCGAACAAAAAUUACAGAAGGAAACAAUUGCUAAAUCUAAGGAGGUUGUUGCUAAGGAAAAAUCACCAAAGCCGAAGGUUGUGGAAAAGCCGAAAGUGAAGUCACAAAGCACACAAAAACUCAAUUGGUUCCAACAUCUCCCAGCGGAACAUGAUAAAGAUGCGUUGAAACAAAUGACAAUUAACUCAAACCUACACCCGGCAGUGGUCAAAUUAGGGGUUCAACUAGCGACGCGAGUAAUUACAGGCUCCAAUGCACGGUGUAUAGCAUUGCUGGAUGCUCUGAAAAAGAUGGUUCGCGACUACAGCCUGCCGGCGCGCACCGAGUUCGCACGCGGGCUCGAGGCGCAGCUCGCGGCGUCGCUCGGCUUCCUGUGGGCGCUGCGCCCGCCCGCCGCCGCGCAGGCGAACGCGCUCAAGCACUUCCGCCACCAGCUGACCCAGCUACCGAACAAUGUCGACGAGUUUGAUGUAACAGCACUGCCAUUCAUAAAAUAA